AUGACUGAAGAGUGUAUAUGUGACUAUAGAGGGACAGCGUACGGGGUGUGCGAUGCGACAGGACGCUGCCAGUGCCGUCAGGGUGUGGAGGGGGAGCGAUGCGAUCGCUGUCAACCAGGAUACCACUCCUUCCCAAACUGCCAGGAGUGUCUCUGUGAUGGGGCUGGCGUGGCUGACAAUGUGUGCAGUCCAAGUGGCCAGUGUGUUUGCUUUCCCAGCUAUGGGGGACAGGAGUGUGACGCAUGUGCACCGGGCUACUAUGGAUACCCGGACUGUGCUGCUUGCCAAUGUUCACAUGAAGGCUCAUAUGGCAACAUAUGUAACCCACUGUCGGGUCAGUGCCUGUGUCUCCCAGGGGUGGUGGGCCAGCAGUGUGACCGCUGUGCAUCAGGACUCAGAUUCCCCCACUGCUCAGCCUCCAUCAGUGUGUGUAACAUGGCAGGAACUGAGGUCACUGAUCCUCAAACGGGCUCCUGCCGCUGCCUACAAAACGUAGAGGGAACCCUGUGUGACAGGUGUAAACCUCUCUACUGGAAUCUGGCUACAGACAACCCUCGUGGUUGUAUGGAGUGUCAGUGUGAUGUGAAAGGGACCCUGAGUGGUGUUGGAGAGUGUGAACAGAAAAGUGGACAGUGCCACUGUAAGCCUAACGUAUGUGGACAUGCAUGUGACACCUGUAAGGAUGGAUACUUCCUGCUGCAGAAAAAGAUGUAUUUUGGUUGUCAAGGUUGUCAGUGUGAUGUAGGUGGUGCCAUUGACAUGGCAUGUGAUGAGAUGUCCGGACAAUGUCGGUGUCGGAAUAAUGUAGUUGGCCGCAAAUGCAAUGAACCAGAACCAAGCUACUAUUUCCCGACUCUCCACCAACUGAAGUUUGAGGUUGAGGAUGGCACCACACCAAAUGCCAGACCAGUGCGCUUUGGUUAUAACCCCCAAGAGUUCCCAGAUUUCAGCUGGAGAGGUUAUGCUGUAAUGUCUCCUGCACAGAGUGAGGUCAGAGUAACAGUGCAUGUUGACCCAAAAGAUCGGAGGCAGCACUUUUUCCGUGUGGUUCUGCGGUUCACUAACCCGAGCAGCGCCAGUGUGACAGGUAGCAUCAAGGCUACCAAUAACAGAGGCGCUGCAGGGUCAGAUCAGAGUAAGGACAUCAUAUUCCCUGAGAGUCCCUCCCCAUCCUUCCUCACUGUCCCAGGAGAGGGGUUCGCUGAGCCCUUUGCAUUGACACCUGGGAAAUGGGUCAUUCACAUAAGGGUAGAGGGGGUUCUGCUGGACUAUUUAGUGCUGCUGCCCCGGUAUUACUAUGAGGCACCUUUGCUGCAGGAAAGGAUCACCCAGCCCUGCACAUACUUACCCAGUGCAAACAGGGAUACAAACUGCCUGUUGUAUAAGCAUGUGGCCAUGGAUGGCUUUAGCUCUGCACUGGGCUCACAAGGAACACUCUCCAGCCGCAGCGGGCGCAAGAGGAGGCAGGCUCGUGUUCGGCGUCCCACCCCAGAUCACCCUGAGAUGGCCGCCCUCAAUGGUAGACAGUCACAGCUCCAACUCAGUUUACGCGUGCCUCGUCCUGGCCCAUACACCCUUGUCCUGGAGUAUGCCAGCGAGGUGGACACUGUCCAGAAUGCCAACAUACUCAUCAAAGUCCAGUCAGGUAGCCAGAUCCUGGCCAGGGCUAACAUAUACAGUUGUGCCUACAGCUUUUUGUGCCGGAGUGUCGCAGUGACCAGCAGCAAUCAGGUGACAGUGUUGGAGCUUACUCACAAGACGGAGGUCCUUCUGCAAACUUCCACUGCAUCAUUCCUGUUGUAUAAAGUGUAUGCAGUCCCUGCAGAAGAGUUCUCCAUUGAGUAUGUAGAUCCCAAGGUGCUGUGUGUCUCCACUAAUGGCCGCUUCACUGAAGACAGUCGGCACUGCUCUCUGAGGCAAUUCGACAAGCCAACCUCAGCCUGGAUUUUGUAUGCUGCCCGUGAUGGACAGCUAUCUUCAACACCAGCUGUUUCUCCCCAAGGACGAGAGAAUGAGGAUUGGAGACAGAGACGACAGACCGGGGUGUUCCCUGUCCGUGAGCCUCAGAGUGAUGGGAUACUGCUUAAAUUCCCUCAGACAGAGAUCAAUUUCACUCCCAGGGUGCCCCUCCCGGGCAGGUACGUGGUUGUUGUCCAUUAUCACCAGCCUGAGCAUACCUCCUUCCCGGUGGAGGUCCGUGUGGAUGCUGGGCGUGAGUGGAAGGAUUCAAUAAAUGCAUCCUUCUGCCCUGCGGUCUCAGGCUGCCGGGAAGUUGUGAUCGCUGAUGGCCGCAUUGCCCUUGACUUUGACCAGAAUUCUUGGCAGCUGCCCACCAUCUCUGUGGUCGUGCCACCUAGGAAGACACUUAUUCUGGAUUAUAUUUUGCUGGUUCCAGAUAGCAGUUAUACCCCAGAUCUCCUGAAAGAGAAGCUGCUGGAUAAAUCUGCAGAUUUCAUUCACCAAUGUAGAGGAGAAGGUUUCUUUAUUGACCCGAGAACUUCUUCCCAGUUCUGCCGAGACUCUGCACGCUCACUUGUAGCAGCCUAUAAUGAUGGAGCUCUGCCUUGCAACUGUGACAAGUCCGGCUCUACAGGGACCACUUGUGAUCCGACUGGAGGACAGUGUCCCUGUAGGCAGCAUGUCAUCGGUCGACAAUGCACAAAGUGUGCCACUGGAUACUACGGUUUCCCCUACUGCAGGCCGUGUGAGUGUGGCCGACGACUCUGUGACGAGGUGACAGGACGAUGUAUCUGCCCUCCUCAGACCGUCAAACCAACCUGUGAUGUGUGUCAGAGUCAGACUUUCAGCUAUCACCCUUUGCUGGGCUGCGAGGGCUGUGAAUGCUCUCCAAAUGGCAUCAGAGCAAACGCAGGGCUGGACUGUGACCGCACUACCGGACAGUGCAGGUAG